UCCGCAGAGACCGGCUGCAUAUAUUCCGUCAGUAUAGUCCGAGAGGAAGUGCUGGAAAGUACUAGUAAUUGAAGAGACACGUACCGCCCGUACAAAAGCCGCAACGCUGUUCCGUCGCUUUGUGUCGUUAUAUUUGAGCGUAUUAAAAAAAUUAAUAUCUGUUCACCGCCAUCACAAUGCAUUGUUUAAAAACACUGCGGGCCUCGAAUGCAGGGGCUGUACAGGUGGUUAUUAGAAAUGCAGGGAAAUCGGUGUGCGCGUCGAACAAUAUCGGACAUUUAGGCACGAGAAAGCAGCCAGUUCGACUGCUCCGCACCAGCGCAGCAUCCUACAGCCAGCAGCUACAUGUCAUCCCUGACACCGAACCCGGCCUCCACAGUCAAAAGGUGAUUUCUGGGUUGGAAGAUUUGCUGUUCUACACCAUCUCACAGGGAGAGGAGAAGAUGUCUAUCUCACGAUUCAUUUCUGCACUAAAGAGCACAGGGCUUUUGACCUCUGACCCCCGCCUGAGAGACUGCAUGCGACAGCUCCACAAAUCAGUGCAUGAGUCCGUCGGGACCAGGAUGAUGGAUCAGGAAUUGUUCAGGAAGUGUGUUGGAAACAGCAUCGUCCUUCUAACUCAAGCCUUCCAGAGGAAGUUCAUUAUUCCAGAUUUUGAGACUUUCACUUCAGUUAUCGACCAGAUUUACUACAAUGCCCAGUCACAGCAUGGAGGCAAGGUGGCAGACUAUAUCCCCCAGCUUGCUAAGUUCAGUCCUGAUCUAUGGGGAGUGUCUCUGUGCACAGUUGACGGCCAGAGGCAUUCUAUCGGGGACACUAGAGUGCCUUUCUGUUUACAGUCCUGUGUGAAGCCUCUUGAAUACGCCGUGGCCGUGCACGAGACAGGAACAGAGCACGUGCACAGAUACGUGGGCAAAGAACCAAGCGGCCUCAAAUUCAACAAACUCUCUUUGAACGAGGAGGAUAAACCUCACAACCCUAUGGUGAAUGCAGGAGCCAUAGUCAUCAGCUCACUCCUUAAGCCUGGAUCAAACAAGGCAGAGAAGUUUGACUAUAUGAUGGAGUAUGUGAAGAGAAUGGCAGGCCAAGAGUAUGUUGGCUUCAGUAAUGCAACGUUUCAGUCCGAGAAGGAGACGGGUGAUAGGAACUUCGCAAUUGGUUAUUAUCUCAAAGAGAAAAAAUGUUUUCCUAAUGGAGCUGAUAUGAUGGCUGCCCUUGACUUUUACUUUCAGCUGUGCAGUAUUGAAGUGAACUGCGAGUCUGGCAGUGUCAUGGCAGCCACGCUGGCAAACGGAGGCAUCUGUCCAAUCACAGGCGAGCGCGUGCUGAGUGCUGAGGCCGUGAGAAACACACUCAGCCUCAUGCACUCCUGUGGCAUGUAUGACUUCUCUGGCCAGUUCGCCUUCCAUGUGGGCUUGCCUGCUAAGUCAGGUGUGUCAGGGGCUGUGCUGUUGGUGGUCCCCAACAUUAUGGGCAUGAUGUGCUGGUCUCCGUCACUAGACCGCCUGGGAAACAGCGUGCGGGGCAUCCAUUUCUGUCAGGACUUGGUUUCUCACUUUAAUUUUCAUAAUUAUGACAACCUGAGACACUUUGCUAAGAAGCUAGACCCUCGCAGACAGAUAGGCCAUGAGAGGAAUAAGUCUGUGGUUGAUUUGAUGUUUGCCGCAUACAGUGGGGAUGUCUCUGCACUCAGGAGAUUUGCACUGUCAGCUGUAGAUAUGGGGCUUAAGGAUUACGACUCUCGUUGUGCUCUCCAUGUAGCAGCAGCAGAGGGUCAUGUGGAUGCAGUAAGGUUUUUAACAGAGACAUGCAAAGUAGACCCCUUUGUGAAGGACAGGUGGGGAAACACACCCUUAGAUGAUGCCAUGCAGUUUGGCAGAGAGGAAGUGGUUAAGGUGUUACAAGAAUACCAGCGCGUUUUUACGCACCCACAACCAAAGCAGGAGUGCAUCACACACACUGCCCCUGGCACCACACUGGAAGUAGAUGAACUGAGAACGAUGGAAAGUCUAGAAGGUUUGGUGUGAGGGAUUGUGGAUUACUGUGUCAGCGUCCUAAAAAAAAAAAAAAAAGGAGUACCAACUCUA